AUGUUUGGAGCCAUGGUCCAUUUUGUCUGCUGUUGCAUGCUUACAGUCGAUGUGACAGGCUGUAAAAAAGCCUUUACACCCUGCACAAGCUGGGCGUCGCCUCAGCCGCACUGCCGCCCACGGACGGCCGCUAUCGGUCCGGUGCGCGUGCGACUGGUGCCCGUGCGCCGCUGUCGUCACAGGCGCAUGCGCGGCUGCAGCUGUCCGUGCCAGGCAGUAAUGGCGGUGCUGGUGCGGGACCCCUUGGCUUCACGGGCCCGGCUCCUGCCGCUGCCCCCCGGCGGCUCGGUGCGCUCCCUCCUCUGUCAUCGCGCUCGGGAGCUGAAUAUUCCUGACGAGAGCUUGUAUGUGAAGUGUAAUGGGCGACUGGUUAAUGAUGAAGAUCUACUGCAGGAUGGAGCUGUUUAUAGUCUGGAACCAAGACUCUGUGGUGGAAAAGGAGGGUUUGGAUCUAUGCUGCGAGCUCUCGGUGCUCAGAUUGAAAAGACAACAAAUAGAGAGGCUUGCCGAGAUCUCAGUGGAAGGAGACUUCGGGAUGUCAAUCAUGAAAAAGCGAUGGCUGAAUGGGUGAAGCAGCAAGCAGAACGAGAGGCAGAAAAAGAGCAGAGGCGCUUGGAAAGGCUGCAGCGGAAGCUUGCGGAGCCAAAGCACAUUUUCACAAAUGCAGACUACCAGCAGCAGUGUCAUGAAAUGGCUGAGAGACUGGAAGAUUCAGUACUUAAAGGAUUGCAGGCUACCUCGAGCAAAAUGGUGUCACCAGAAAGCAGCGAGAGUCGGAAGCGUCCAGGUGAAUCCGGAAAGAAUGAAACAAGACCUCGAAAAAGAAAAUGUUUUUGGCUGGGAUUGGAAGGAUUGGAUGAUGCUGACAGUUCAGACUCUGAGGGUGAGAGUGAAGAUGAUUCUCCUCGUGCAUCUGACGGAAGUUGUCCAUCAGGAAGCAGAUACAACGAAAUUGCUGGAAAAUCCAAUGAAUGUUCAAGCAGCUCUGUGGGUUCUGUAGAGGAUAGUCCAGCUAGUAGUGCAGCUGAGAAACCGCUGGAGCAGGCAGAAGGUACUGAAAGAGAGCUGCAAGGAGAGACAAGCUCCGGUGGGAAAACUGAAAUUCCAGAUGAAGAAGACAGUAAAGUGACAAAGCCCUUGAAGGAAGAGGCCCAAGAAAAGAGUGAAAUAACCCAGGCUCUGAAAGAAGAGGAGCAAGAAAAUGUUUCUUCUAAAGCACAGGAAACGAACCAGUCACAGAGCACAGAGGUGGAACCAAUAGAUCUACUGGCAUUCAACUCUGCUGCUGAAAUGGAAGCCCUUGGUUUAGAUAAACUGAAGAUGGAAUUGAUGUCUUUAGGACUGAAAUGUGGAGGCACUUUAAAGGAAAGAGCAGCCAGGCUUUUUUCGGUCAGAGGUUUAUCUAGAGACCAGAUUGAUCCUGCUUUAUUUGCAAAGCCCUCUAAAGGGAAAAAAAAGUGAUGUAAGAAAACCUUUUAUGUACACAGGUGCUUUAAAAUCUUUCCUUUUGUUGUCAUUCUGUACUGCCACAUAGAAUACUUUGGCAACCCUGGAUAGUUUUUGCUCUGUUCUUAAUGAAUUUUGAUUAAUGUAACACAGAGUAAGUUGCCAGUUAAUUAUUCAUUCAAUAUGUCCAGUAUUAAAGGAGUGAAACUACUAUGUUUUGUGAUGAGCUUUACAAAUGGUUAUAAGAAACCUUGAUGUAACAGGCAGGACAAACUCUCUGUAUAUAUAACCUGAAUGUUUUUUGGAAGGUGGUUGUAUGACACUGUCAUCACCUACUUCAAGAAAAAUAGCAAUCCUUUCUUAGCUUUAUAUUGAAUUUCCUUCAAUGUGUAUUGCAGUUAGAACUGUCAAAUGAGAAACACUGAAUUUGUGAUCCAGGCUUAAAAGCUGAAGUUUCUUUAAAUAAAUGUUUUUUUAUAUGGAUGAAGCCAAUAUAAAUACAUAAAUAAGCUGUUCUGUGAGUUUAUGUGGGAUCUCAGGUAUCAGUAUGAUAGAAAUUCUUG